AUCACCCGGCGGGCUGGCCCCAUUCCUUCCUAGCACCUGGGCCCCUGCUUCAGGCGGCUGUGGCCGCCUGAGCCCGGGGCAGGGCUUUUAUUGUGAAAGGAGCUCCCCCCUCCUUCGCUUUCGGGGAAGUGGGGAGGUUGGGCUGGGACGCGCAGCCGGGACUUCGCAAACUCUGCAAACAUCCCUGGCUGGUCGCGGAGGCUCGCGGCUGCGGGAAGGCUCCUGCAGAACCGCAGAUCCUCAGACGCGCAGAUCCCCCGUGGGCUGGAGAUCCCAGACCUCCUCUAACAACCCCACCUGCAGAGCAUCCCUGAGCGCAUCGCACACGCAGGAAUUGUGGGGCCACUUGGCCGCUGGGAACCUGUGGACCUUCGGUCCGGGAAACCCGAGUCCAGGGAAGACUUGGAGAUUCACGGAGCAAGGGGCGGCCCCCGGGGCGGUGGGAUGAGCUGGAGAGCCGGCUGAGAUCGCCGAGGAGCGGGUCCAGCCACCACAGGGGACAUGGCAUCUUGGCUCUGGAGAAAGCUGCGUGGCAAGAGGCGGUGGGUGAUGGCAUUCUGCCUCUUGAUGACUCUGUCUGUGGUGACUGUCACCCGCUUCCUCCCACAGCAUCCAGCCACUGGCCCAGACCCGGGUCCCCUGGAGUCCCAGGAGGUCCCUGGAGCCCCUGGCCCCCACAGCCGGCAGGCUCUGAGCUCUAGCUGGAGGCAGCGGGCAAGAGACCUAGGGUUCUGGAAAGGCUGGCCCUUGCCUAGGCAUUCCAUCCCCGUGUGUGCUGAGGAGAAAGGCCACAGGGGGACAGUGGACGGAAGCAGGAAGUCCCUGGGAGAGGACAGCAAGCAUCCAGGGAGGGUCAGGAGGGACGUUACUUUGGCCUCUCCAAGAAAUUUGAGACUCAGUACCUCGCGUCUUUUGCUCCUGAGGGACGAUGAGGUCAGGGCUCCAGGAAGCAAAGACUUGGGUACCCCCUGGCAUGACAGUCCCAUCGGAGAGGCACAGAAUGAGACUGGCACCCUGGCUGACCCCGUCACAGGACGUGGCAUGACAGCUUUACAGGCUUGGAGAGCUGCUGUUGGACUCACCCUCCGGCCCCACCCAGUGGAAAGCAAGAAUCUGCCGGGAGCUAGGAACGGAGCCUUGACUGGUGGGCGACAAGCAGGGCAUCCCAGCCCAGUUACAGGGGCUCGUCGGUGGCCUGGCUCUGUUGCGGAGCUGCAAGAAUCUGUCUGGUGUGAUGCCGAGACCCCGGAGCUGUUGACCAGCUUGAGGACCGGUGGGCAGGCCCCCCCAUGGCUCACGGAGCACGAUGUGGAAACACUCCAGCUGCUGGCCCAGGGGGAGGUGGUGGGCAAAGCCAGGGUCCCUGGCCAUGGGCAGGUGCUGCAGGUGGGCUUCUCCAGCGAUGGUGCCCUUCGGAACAUGUCUUCCGGGCUCAGCCAUCUCUGCUCCCAGGGGCUCUGUGGCCUGAUCAAGAGGCCUGGGGACCUGCCGGAGGUCCUGUCCUUCCACGUGGACCGGGUGCUGGGGCUGCGCCGGAGCCUGCCUGCCGUGGCCCGGAACUUCCACAGCUUCUUGCUGCCCUAUCGAUACACGGAUGGUAGCACCAGGCCCGUCGUCUGGUGGGCGCCUGAUGUGCAGCACCUGGGAGACCCAGAGGAUGACCAGAACUCUCUGUCCUUGGGCUGGCUGCAGUACCAGGCCUUGUUGGCACAUGGCUGUCGCUGGCCAAGCCAGGCCCCCUGCCUGGGCAUCCACCACACCGAGUGGGCACGCCUGGCGCUCUUCGACUUCCUGCUGCAGGUACAUGAUCGCCUAGACCGCUCCUGCUGUGGCUUCGAGCCCGAGCCGUCGGACCCCUGCGUGGAAGAGAGGCUCCGAGAGAAAUGCCGCAACCCCGGCGAGCUGCGGCUGGUCCACAUCCUGGUCCGGAGCAGUGAUCCAUCCCAUCUGGUCUACAUCGAUAAUGCCGGCAACCUUCAGCAUCCUGAGGACAAGCUGAACUUCCGGCUGCUGGAGGGCAUUGCUGGGUUUCCUGAGUCUGCCCUGCAGGUUCUGGCCUCAGGGUGUCUGCAGAACAUGCUGCUCAAGUCCCUGUGGAUGGACCCCGUGUUCUGGGAGAGUCAGGGCGGGAGACAGGGACUGAAGCGGGUGCUCCGGACCCUGGAGCGGCGAGGCCAGGUGCUGCUGGAGCACGUCCGCAAGCACAACCUCACCCUCUUCAGGGAGGAGGCCUCGUGAGCUGCCUCGCUGGCGGGGCGCUCCCGGCACCACCUGACCAGGUGAGCACCCAUCCCGGUGGCCACAGUCUCUCGGAUGCCCCCAACUUGAAGACAAACGGGAAAAGCCAGAAGAAACCAGAGGAUACCGUGGAUGUCCCAGAUGUCCCACCUUCUUGGGACAGUGAAGGUGGUGGUGGGUGGUGGGUUUUCCAUCUUAACCACCCUCCUUUCUGCCUUUUCAGCUCUGGCUGUUUCCUCCCUUCCACCAAUAAAUAUAUUCA